UUGUUUAAGAAUGAUAUGGUGGGCACGUGACUGUAAGUGGUUUGCUACUGCUGUUAAUGCUCUCCUCGCCUCUUCUCUGUCUGAGAAAAUCCUCUGCUCCGCUCCCGCUCUUUCUACGCUCCCACUCUUCCUACGCCCAAAUUCUGGCGCCACCGCUUUCGAUUGCCUCUCCCGCACGCAUUCGCAAGCUUAUCGCCUCCCAGCGCGAUCCCCUCCUUUCCAAAGAGAUUUACGAACUCUCCUCCUUAAUCCUCCCUCCCACUCCCUCCCAACUCCAAACCCUAAUCCUCAAACUUGCCCGCGCCCGCCGCUUCUCACUAUCUCUCUCUCUCCUCCGUCGCCUCCCCUCCCCUCCCUCUCUCUCCCUUCUCUCAUCCCUCUUCCUUACUUUCUCCCGCUUCUCCCGACCCGACCUCUCCCUCUCGGCUCUACGCCUCUUCCCUUCUCACCUCCUCACCCCUCGCCUCCUCCGCGGCGUCCUUUCCGCCCUCUCGUCCCGCCCCUUCUCCCUCCCGGCGGCCCUAUCUCUGCUCCGAUCCCACCCCGAUCUUCCCUCUUACAACGUCCUCCUCCGUUCCCUCUGCCGCGCUCGUCGCCUCUCCAUUGCUAUCCCCAUCUUCCAUCGUCUCCAACUCCAUGGCAUCUCCCCUGAUCCUUCAACUUACCGCUUCCUCGUCCAGGGUCUCUGUCGCCGCGCUCAACUCUCUUCCGCUCUCUCCUUAUUCGAAGAAAUGCUCAAUCGAGGCCUCAUUCCGGAUUCCCUCACCUGCACCACUGUUCUCAACGCCCUCUGCCGGAAAAAGCAGCUCCGGGAGGCCUUCAAGCUCAUCUGCCGCAUGAGGCUCUGGGGAUGCGCCCCUGAUAUAGUCCAUUUUAAUACCCUUAUCAUCGGAUUCUGCAGGGAGGGUCGCCCACUUAAUGCCUGCAAGCUCUUGGACGAAAUGCAUGGCAAUGGCGUUGAACCUGAUUUGGUGUCUUAUGCGAGUUUGGUUAAUGGAUUAUGUGCUCGAGGGGAGCUGGCUAAGGCUAAUGUUUAUUUAUUUGAGAUGUUGGGAAAAGACCUAGUUCCACAUUUCUCGGUUAUCCAUGCGCUCGUCAGAGGGUUAUGUAAUGCUGGAAUGGAUGAGGAGGGUUGUCGAAUUGUGGAGGUGAUGGUAAGGAAGGGCGUUAUUCCACAUGUGGAGACUUGGCUCUAUGUUGUUGGAACAGUGUGUGAGGAUUAUAGUGGGGACGUGUUUGAUGGGAUUAUUAUGAAGAUGGUGAAGGAGGAUGUGUGGAGGAGGAGCACUAGGAUUGUGCAAGCAGUUCCUCUUCUUGAUGAUGUAAUUAACAGGCUGCGGCAUAGGACAUAAGGUGGAAAAGUUAUCUUUACAUGCUUGUUGGCAUUGAGACAGUGCUAGUUUAUCAAAUGGAAGAAAGCUGAUCUGAUUGGAAGAUAGUGAUAUUGUUAUGAAUGUUGAUUAUACUUAUUUCAAGGAAACUCGGAGUAAUUCUGUGCUGGAAGGUUCUGUUCAUAAUUUUGAUGAAAACUAGUGGCAGUAAGCUAAGGAAAAGACAUCAAGAGGACAACAACUCAUUUUUGCUUUUCAAAAAAAAAGAAGAAGCAAACUAUUAUCUCACCGUCUGAUGGGAGGCUAAGUGAUCUUUGGCCAUUUUCUUUAAUAAAAAAAAUGGAAUAAGACAAAAAAAAGGUCUUCAAGGUGGGAUGAAAAAAAUCUCUGGGAUCGGCUCAGGUGAUAAGCAGCUCUCAUGAGUUUUGCUCGGAAAAAAAAAAAAGGAUCCUUCUUUUUUCUCAAGGAUAGCAGCCGGCCCUAGCUCCUUGAGCCUCUCACUCUCGGUUUUGGCAAGGCAAGAGGGAGAACCCCCUCCCUCUCUCCGACUCUUCUCAGUUCGCACAAGAAGAAGAAGCCGAGCCCCUUCCAUUUUUUCGGUGCUGUCUCCCCUGUUCGCGACAGAUCCCACGCCGGCUUCUUCCUUCGACGCCAUCCAGCCCUAGUUGCCGUCCAUUCUCCUUUGGCAAGGUGGUCUCCUCUUCUUCUUCUUUUCCUUCUUUUUAUUUCCCUUCUUCCUUCUUUGGGAAACUAUAAAAAAAAAUAGUGAUGAGUGAUAGAUUCAUUUAGUAGGAUCAUUUAUUGAAAGUUUUCUUUCCCUCUUUGUAAUCUAGUCUUGAUUGUUCCCUAGUUUUUUUUUAUAAAUAGCUUCAGGAGAAUAGCUUUAUGAUGUGUUGACGAUUUGUAUAUCCAUUCAUGUAGAUUUAUGUAUUGGCUUAUGUUGUUGGAAAGUGAACAUUUGGUUUAUAAAAGUUACAUUUUGUUUAUGAUUUA